AUGAAAAAGCUCGACACGUUCAACCGCAAGAAAAACUCAAAUGGCUCCAAAUGUGUUUUAAACGAGACGAUAACUAAUGACUACGAGAUCCUGUCGUCGGCGGUGUCUGAAUCGAAAUAUGUUUUCACUGCUAGAGUUCUCAGAGUGAGGAAGAUGAAGCGGGGCGAAAAGCCUUAUGUCAAAGUAUACAUGACAUAUAAACUUUACAUACGCACGAUUAUGAAAGGAGACGUGGACGACUUGAGAAAUCACGUUACACUAGGAGACGGUCGCACGUUGAACGGUGCGAUAGUGUUUGUCGAUUGGCUCCGAACGAACAAUUGCGCCUACAAACUUUAUAGACACUCGUCGGGUAUAUUUUUGAGCGACGGUUUUUACGGAGGCCUUAAUGGUGAGAAGCGGUUGCGGCUUCGGCUCUUGAACGAGCCACUUCCACUGUCGCUUUACGAUCUGGAUAGAGUGAAUGCGGCAUUGAAAGGUAAAUGUUUACCGUCAUAUAACGUGUCGGUUUGUGUGACGGUGCACACGUGCUGUAAAAGCUUUGCUUAUACUACGCUUUUGUUG